AUGGACCCCGUCAUCAUUACGCCGGAUGACGUAGCUGAGGCGGUCCGUAGGGCCCCGAACUGGAAAAGUCCGGGACUCGACGGACUGCAUCACUACUGGCUGAAGGGGUUCGUGGUGUGUCACGCUGUUCUCGCCCGACAGUUUCAAGAGGCUCUCGACCAAAAGUCGCUCCCGAGCCUCUUCACUACUGGGAUCACUCAAUUUGUUCCUAAAGACCGAGAUUCCACAGACCCGAGCAAAUACCGCCCCAUAACGUGUCUACCUACCAUAUACAAGAUACUGACAUCCAUUUUGAGCGCGAGAAUCACUCGUCACCUGAACUCAAAUCAGGUGAUGUCGCGCGCUCAAAAUGGAUGUCGGGGCGGCGGUCGUGGAACCAAGGAACCACUCCUCAUUGACGCGGUCAUUGGCAAGGUGGUUAAACGCAACCGUCGGAACCUCUCCGCUGCCUGGAUAGACUACAAAAAGGCAUUCGACUCGGUGCCUCAUACAUGGCUGCAGAGGGUCCUCGAGCUGUACAAGGUUGACUGUACAGUUCGAGACUUCCUCGGGCAGUGUAUGGGGCAGUGGAGUACGAUCCUUUGUCAUCUAGGCGAGCGGAUGACGGCUGCGGAGAACCACAUAAGGAUAAGAAGGGGUAUCUUCCAGGGCGAUUGUCUGAGUCCAAUCUGGUUCUGCCUCUCUCUGAACCCUCUUAGUACCUUACUGGAGGGUUCCAGGAGGGGAUUUCAGCUUCGGAGAGGAGGUACAAAAGUGACCCACCUUUUCUAUAUGGAUGAUCUCAAGUUAUUCGCCUCCAGUCGCUCUCAUCUUAUGGAAUUGCUAAACAUCACUUGUGAUUUUAGCAAUUCUAUUAGAAUGGAGCUGGGGACGGAUAAGUGUGCGGUCCUCCAUGUCGAAAGGGGUAGGGUUGCUAACUCUGAGGGCAUAGACUUAUCUAUGCCCAUCAACAUAAGGACCCUAUCCGAGGCUGAAACAUACCGAUACCUGGGUAUGUCACAGAACAUAGAUAUCGAUGAGGCGGACAUGAAACGGUCAGUUUGCGGUGUGUUUUAUGCACGCUUGACAAAAGUGCUUAACAGUCUUUUGUCGGGCGUUAAUAAGACACAUGCAUAUAACGGUUGGAUCAUGCCUGUUCUCAUGUAUACCUUUGGCAUACUCAGGUGGACUCAGACCGAACUGAACGCUCUGGACAGAAAAGUCCGCACUAUAAUGACGUCCCACAGGAUGCAUCAUCCGAGAUCGUCAGUAAUGAGGCUGUACUUGCCGCGGAAGCAUGCUUCCUUCCAGGUGUCUGGGAAAACUCCUGUCCGUAUCGACGUAUUAAUAAUGUUGGUUAUAGCACUUAAAGUCCGUGGCAAUGUUAAGACAACCAUAUCUUUAGUAAUACCAUCUACACCCAUAGUAUUUGUGGUAAUAUUUUUCAAAAUUUCUAAUACCAAGUUUUCAUCCACUAAUUUUAAAGUAAAAACCAACGAAUUGAAACGGUUAGAUUCAAAAUAG